AUGAAGGUGUCCAUAAUCUUUUUCAUAAUUUUUAUCAGUUUCAUGGGAGGUUUAGGACAAAAUCCAAGGCCAGAGAAAAGGAGCAAUGGUGAAGAUACUAAUUUUCAAACUAAAGUUAAAGAUGCCUGUGCAAUGAAUAUGAGUGAAAAUGGUGAAGUGAAGCUCAGAAAAGAAUGCAGGAAUCAAGGCAAGAUUUACUGGCGUUAAUAUACUUGGAAGCCAUCAGUUUGUCGCCCUUUUAAUAACAAUCCAAGAACUUACUGGAAUCAGAUUGCCAUGGAUCUCAGGAAACACAAUGCCUGCCAGCCUGAUCUGGUCCCGAAGCCUUCAAUGUGCCAGAGGGCUCCAUCUGAAGCCCACCUGAAGAAAGGGGCUUCCAGCAUAAAGCCAAACCCUAUUCAACAGGCAUAUACUGUGAAUCAAGCAAAGAUGGUCCUGAAACCUUCUGCAAAGCAAGAAAAAAGCAAAGCAGGAAACGUUUCUCUUAAAAAAUCAGGAAAACCCAAACCAUCUGCUUCACUUCUGAUAAAGCCAACUCAACAAGGUCAAAUGUCUGAGGCAAUGAAGUUUGGGGAGCACUGCUGGGAGUCCCUGCAUUACAUCUGUUCCUAUAUCAUUGGCAUCUUUAGGGGCUGA